GUCCAUGAAUGCAUCGCGAGUGCUUACCGGAAGCUGACGUAUAUGUUGUUGUGGCGUUCGACAGGCACGUGACGUGUCGGCGACAUGGCGGCCGAGUCUUCUGCUAAGGUUCUAUUUGAGCAUGAAGGAGUUUUUAUGCAUCCCUGUUGUGAUGAAAAAGACAAGGAAGAAGAUUUUCUUGUUUGUGGUUCACUUCGAAUAGUUGAGAAGGAUGCUGACGUCAUGUUGGAGUUCACGCCUCUUGAGGAUUCCGUGGACCCGUCGCACAUUUUAUGCGCUGCCAAGGACUCCAGCUCGGUCAUGGAGUGGGCCCAAUGCGGCAGCCGGUGUCCGGGCGAGCCGGGUCGGCGGCCUGUGGAGAGCCAGCCGAGCUAUGAGGCUGAGUGGGACCUGAUUAACGCCACGUCUUUCAAGAAGAAGUCCUGCGCUGCAGGCGAGGGUUCCGUGACGGGCGGCCACGAGCGCGGCGGACGCUUCUUCUCGGUCAGCCUCGGUCAGCUCGCAGCCGUCACGCUCCAGGAGGACCUGUGCGGCGACGUGCCCUCGCUGCUCUUCACGCUGAAGGGAUCUUCAUCGCUGCCACCUUUACACUUCCACCAGGGCGGCAGCAGAGAGCUGUUGGACAGCCUGAGGAGAGUCGUCGCGCUCAGCGAGUGCGCGGAGGACGAGUCUCGUCUGCUGAUCAGCUCUCCCGACAAAGUUCUGAGUCAGUCCUUUGAGAAUCUGGUGGAGGAUAACAACUUCGGCCUGGUCCAGAAGUUCCGCAAGGACCCCUACGUGACCACCCUGGGCCGCUUCUCCAAAGUCACCAACUACAUUUUCGACGCCUUCCGUGGCACGGAGGAGCAGCACCAGCGCCCCCCGGAGGAGGUGGCCCACCUACUGGGGGAGAUCAUCCCGGGCCUGGAGAUCAACCAGCAGGAGGAGCCUGGCUUUGAGGUGGUCACUAGGGUGGACCUGGGGACGCGACCGCAGGUGUCACGGAGCGCUCCCGUGUCUGCCGACGCGUGGAACGGACAUCAGGACCAGGACGGUCACUUGAUGCAAGUGGCUCGGCUCCAAGAGUCCAUCUUCAGAGGGGGUCUGUGCCACGCGGUGAGGAAAGAAGCCUGGAAGUUUCUUUUGGGCUAUUUUCCCUGGAACAGCACUCUGGACGAGAGGAAAAGUCUGCAGAGAAGCAAAACGGAUGAAUAUUUCCGCAUGAAGCUGCAGUGGAAGUCGGUGAGCGAGGAGCAGGAGAGAAGGAAUUGCCGGCUUCGAGACUACAGGAGUCUGAUCGAGAAAGAUGUCAACCGUACGGACAGAAGCAACCGGUUCUUCGAGGGGCUGGACACUCCGGGUCUGGUCCUCCUGCACGACGUGCUCAUGACGUACUGCAUGUACGACUUUGACCUGGGUUACGUGCAGGGCAUGAGCGACCUUCUGUCACCCAUCGUCUUCGUCAUGGAGAACGAGGUGGACGCCUUCUGGUGCUUCGUCUCCUUCAUGGAGCACAUGCACCAAAACUUUGAGGAGCAAAUGCAGGGAAUGAAGACUCAGCUGAUCCAGCUCAGUACGCUGCUCAGGCUGCUGGAUCCGUCCUUCUGCAACUAUCUGGAAUCUCAGGAUUCCGGUUAUCUUUAUUUCUGCUUCCGCUGGCUGCUCAUCCGCUUCAAGAGGGAGUUCUCCUUCCACGACGUCCUCAGGCUGUGGGAGGUCAUGUGGACGGGGCUGCCUUGUCACAACUUCCAUCUCUUGCUCUGCUGCGCCAUUCUGGACUCAGAGAAGAGCAAAAUCAUGGAGGAAAAGUUUGGCUUCAACGAGAUCCUCAAACAUGUGAACGAGCUCUCCAUGAAGCUGGACGUGGAAGAAAUCCUUCAGAAGGCUGAAAGCAUCUGGUUGCAGAUCAACCAGUGUCAGGGCCUGCCUCAGGCCGUGCUCAACAUCCUGGCGUCGGACUCUGAAGCUCGCGGUUGCCGCGGCUCCAACCAGCGCGCGGCGUCCUCGGCCGCGCCCAUGGCGGGAGCCUUGCAUCGAGACAAACGUGCCUGCGCCACCUCCAGCGGACACUUGCGAGCCAUGGACUCUCAGAAUCUCAGCAAAGUGGCCUUCAUGUCCUAGCCAAGAUGUUUAUUUUUCUACCACGUGCACGGACGGGAAGUUGCAUCUGGACUCCUUUUGUGAAGCAAAAGACAUUUUUUAGCACGCCGGACGUCACAGCUAUUGUAAACAUACAGUUAUCCUCCACGGCAGGUUUCAAGCAUUAAAAAAAAAACACUUCUACUUUU